UGAAUAUUCAUUAAUAAUUAUGGAAUGAAUUCUGUGCAUGUGACACAUUGGAUUUUUUAUUUCCUGACACAUUGGUUUUGUAUAUAUAUAUAUACAUAUGUGACGUUAGUAGCGGAUGACAUAUAAAUUUAAACCAGUAUAUUUCUCCUUAUUAUUGGUAUUAUAUCAUAACUGUUUGCAUUUUCAACCAUCAUUAUGAAUCAGUUUUAUCAUGUAAUAUUAGUGGUAAUUAUUGUCAUGUUUAGUCAUUUCAAUGUUGUAUCAGGUGAAUGUCGUACAAUAGGACAAAAUUGUUCCAAAACUGUGUUUUCUCCAUGUUGUGAACAAUUAUAUUGUGGUCUAAAUACAUUAUUUACUGGUAAAUGUCAUCUAUGCCUUGCAGGUGGAUAUUUCUGUUGGACUAGUCAAGAAUGUUGUUCUGGAAAAUGUAGUUGGCUUAAAUGUACAGAUCCAAUAAAGGAUGUUAUUGAAAAGCUGACUGGUUAGAAAAAAAAACCCAAUUAUUAUAAGUAGUAUAAAUGUUUCUUAGAAUUCAGUUGUUCAGUUAUUUUACUGAACUUUUCUAUUUAACUUCUAUUAACCUGCAAUUAUCAGUAAUAUAUUAUUCAUUUUAUGUUUUACGAGGGAAUAAAAUACACACUCUUCAAUAGAUAACCUAUGAUUAUGUAUGAAAUUCAAUUUGCUUCUAUAAGUGAUCAUGUAUUGUUGAUUUGUUUUGUUUCUCUUCUUUCCGUUGUAAAAGUUUGUAUGUUAGAAAGCUAAAUACAGAGUUGUUUCCUUAUAUAUUUCCUGUUUGUUUAACUAACUUAUAACAUAAAUUAUUUCAUACUAUCUGUGAAAUAUUUUUCUGUGAUAGAAAACAUAUAGUUAGUGAUUAUCAGUAUGGGGUUGUGAAGAUUAUUAAGUUUUUGUUUUAGAUCAUGAACCGAUUGAUUGUAGAUCACCAUUGAGAACCUGAAAACACUGAACGGCUAUGGAACUCCAUAGCAAUGCGCAUCCACGAUCCCACUCGCGGGAUUCGAACCCAGGGCCUUUGGUCUCGCACCCGAAUGCUUAACCUUGAGGUCGCUGAGCCGGCAUCCAACGGUGUUAAUGUCUAAUCUCAACCAAUCCAUGAAAUUGCGAUUAUUGUGAUUAUUUUUAAACUGUAUUCUAUUUUUAAAUCUUUAUGUGACCUGAUGUAUUAGGAGUAUUUAGAUCUCACUAAAUACUAAUCUUUACAAUGAUAAAGUCACAAAUAGAUAGUAUCUUUAAUUAGAUGCAUAUAGUUCAGGAAUAAUGAAUAUUCUUAUUUAUCAGGGCAUAAAUUUCAACAUAAAUGAAGUUCUGCUUAAUUGUUACAAUUAUGUGAAUUCGCAAGUAUUCAUAUAAAUGGUUUGUAUUUUUACUAAAAUACAAAGAGAUUGUUUGAGGAGUAUUUUUGUUGUUGUUGUUGCUGAUAUACGUUUAUGGAAUAAAUAGAAGACAUUAAAUGAAAUUAGACUCGUGAGCACCUCCCACUGUGGUUAAGCAAAGAUGUAGUUAAAAACGGUUAACAGCUCCAUUUUAGACCAUCUAAUUCAGACGGAACAUACAGCCAACGUGGAGCAAUCUUUCGCAAUAAUAUAUCGUGUUAACAGCAAUUUACCUAAUUCCGUCAGACAGAGAAUCCUGCAGACGGCUGAAGCAAUUGCUAUUCGGA